AUGACACAGAACCGCACCAACGCCACCGAUCUCACCGUAUAUAGCAGCGGGCUGGGGCCAUGGGUAACACUCGGAGCUCGUCUGGCCGAGCUCACGGGCAAUGGGACGUUUCUCACCGCCGCGGAACAAUCUAUACAGUUCAUGAACGCCCAUAUGAUCAACGUGAACUCUGCCAGCGGCGUCAUCUCCGAUCGAUUCAACGUGACUUCGUGCUCGGUGGUCGCUGGCGUACCGCCGUUAGCUUGGGACGUUGGGCCGUACAUCGAGGGGCUGAGCAUUGUAGCCAACAUCACGCAGAACUCAUCAUAUACCCAGAUGAUCAAUGACCUGGUCCCGGCGGUUGUCAACGUCCCAGUGUGGCACGAUGGCAGCGGUGUGCUAGUUGAAGAUACACAGUACUCUCUAAAGGGUACGAUAAUACGCGGCUUAUUAGAAGCAAGGCUCAGAAAUCCUUCGAAUACUGGCCUAGUCGCUCUUAUCGACGCAUACAUCACCGUCCAGUACAACGCAAUCAUCAAGAGCGCGGCAAUAGGCAAUAACGAUUACAAGCUCUCUUGGAUCGGCAAUGACACUGCUCAGUACACCACUCCUGCCAAUUUAGCCGCAUUGGACGCACUGAACGCCGCAUACGUGAUCGCACCUCCUGGAUCCGGGAACAAUGCCACAAGCGCCGCCAACUCGCAGUCUAAUCGCUCAUCAAGUCACGUCGGUGCCAUAGUCGGAGGCGUGAUCGGUGGACUAGUUGCCGCUGCCAUCCUCGUCCUCGCGUUAUACCUCUACCUGCGCCGUCGGAGGCGGGCGCACGAUCCAAGCAACGCUAUUAUCCCUUCGGGUCCCAGAUCCGCCCUCGAACCCGAUCCGUUCAUUCAGGCAACACCCACUUCGCGAGUUCCGUUGACUGCGUCGACGGAGAAGGGAGGUUAUCAGCAUCGUUUGCCUCUCGUGCACGAGUUCCCCCAUACCGGUAGCACCACCGACGGCUUGACGAGCCCGUCUACGGAUGCUGUCACCGACACCACGUACUCGCAGACAAGACUCGGAGGCGGAGACCCUGACGCUCUGCAAGCGCUGGAGAGGAGCCGGAUACUGGAACAACGGCUUGACAACUUGAUUCACACGCUCGCCAAUCAAGGAGAGACCGAAAGCAGCCCUCCGGAAUACGACGGCAACGUCGCCCAUCAUGCCGCAGAACCCGAGCAACGCACAUGA